AGCGGCGGGGCGGGCGGGGCUCCCGCGCUGCGUGUGCAGGCACCGGGCAGCGCUGCCCCGCCGGUGUCCGCGCCGGGCGGCCAGGCGGGCAGAAACACAGCCUUCCGAGUAGCUCGGUGCACUUAGRUGCUUCCCUCCUGGAUGCUCUGAUAGGCAGGGAGAGGAGCUGUUCCCCGGAGAUCGCAAUCGYUUCCCUCUCCUAAUUGAACGGGCACCCGGGAGCGCUGGCAGACGCGAGGGGCUGUCGCUUUUGGGAUGAGCGGGCAGGACUGAGAAGAUUUUGCUCACUGUAGGAGCCAGAGAGGCUUGGAUUUGUCAGAGGGAAAUGCUGCAGCAUGAACCCACCGCCGCCUAGACAGACGGGCUCGCACCGCCCCGGCGCCGCUGCCUGAGCCAGCCCCGGAGCACCGUCCGGCCGGGAGCCCGCACCGGGACCGGGACCGGGACCGCCGCCGCUCGCAGCCCAGCCCAGCCCCGCGCCGCCGCUCGCCGCCCGGCCCCGGCGGGAUGCGCUCGCCGCCGCCUUCAUGCCGGCAGGGGGGACGCUGAAGCGCCGCUCCGCCCGGCCCGGAGCCACCCACGUGCGGUCCCCGGUGAAGGCGGCCGGCGGUGCUCAGGGCGGGCCCCGCUGAGCGUUUCGCCGCAGGAGGCAGCGGCAGCCCCCGGCGCGGCGGCGGGUCCCGCCCGGCGGCCGCGAUCCGGUGCCCCAUGGUGCUGCUGCGGAAGCUGCCGGGCAUGCCGGGCUGGCCGGCGGCGCUGGGGCUGCGGCUGCCGCAGAAGUUCCUGUUCCUGCUCUUCCUCUCGGGCCUGCUCACGCUCUGCUUCGGGGCCCUCUUCCUCCUGCCCGAUUCCUCCCGCUUCAAGCGCCUCUUCCUACCCCGCCGGGCCACCGCCUCCGCCUCCUCUUCAUCCUCCGCCUCCUCGUCCUCAGCCUCCUCCUCCUCCACCCGCGACACCGACCUGCCCCGCAGCCCCCCCGCCGCCGCCGAGCCCCGCCACGCCAGCCCCGCCGCCCCGCGCCGCCUGCGGGAGAAGCUCCGCACGGCCGCCCGCAUGGCCGGCCCGCCGGCCCGCACCGCUCCCGGCUCCCGGCAGCAGGUGCAGGGCGCCGACAGCCGAGCGCAGCCCGCCAGCGUUGCGCCCCCGGCCCGGGAGACGCGGGCCCCGUUCCGCUUCGACUACGAGCGGUUCCGCCGGAGCCUCCGGCACCCGGUGCGCGGCGAGCGGCCCGGAGAGGACCCCGAGACCCGCGCCCGCAGGAUGAAGAUCAAAGAGAUGAUGAAGUUUGCCUGGGAUAACUACAAGCAGUAUGCCCUGGGGAAGAACGAGCUGCGCCCGCUGACCAAGAACGGCCACAUUGGGAACAUGUUCGGAGGCCUUCGAGGAGCCACUGUGAUCGAUGCCUUAGAUACCCUCUACAUCAUGGAACUCGAGGAGGAAUUCCAAGAAGCCAAGCAGUGGGUGGAGAAGAGCUUUGACUUGAAUGUGAACGGAGAAGCCUCCCUGUUCGAGGUGAACAUCCGCUACAUCGGAGGGCUCCUGGCUGCCUACUACCUGACAGGAGAGGAGGUGUUCAAGAAUAAAGCUCUGGAACUCGGAGAGAAACUUCUGCCAGCCUUUAACACCCCCACUGGAAUCCCCCGUGGAGUCAUCAGCCUGGGCAGCGGCAUGAGCUGGAGCUGGGGCUGGGCCUCUGCUGGAAGCAGCAUCUUGGCAGAAUUUGGGACCUUGCACUUGGAAUUCCUGCACCUCUCGCAGCUCUCGGGCAACCCGGUGUUUGCAGAAAAGGUGAUGAACAUCCGCAGGGUGCUCAACAGGGUGGAGAAGCCACAGGGGCUGUACCCCAACUUCCUGAGCCCGGUGACGGGGAGCUGGGUGCAGCACCACGUCUCCAUCGGGGGGCUCGGGGACAGCUUUUAUGAAUAUCUCAUCAAAUCCUGGCUGAUGUCAGACAAGAAGGACUCUGAAGCUAAAAAGAUGUACGACGAUGCCCUGGAGGCAAUAGAAAAGCAUUUGGUGAAGAAAUCUGCAGGAGGCUUGACCUACAUCGCUGAGUGGAGGGGUGGCAUCCUGGACCACAAGAUGGGCCACUUGGCCUGCUUCUCUGGGGGCAUGAUUGCCCUGGGGGCUGAGUAUGGCAGUGAUGAGAGGAGRCAGAGGCACAUGGAGCUGGCUGCAGAGAUCACCAACACGUGCCACGAGUCCUACGCACGCUCAGACACCAAGCUGGGUCCCGAAGCGUUUCGCUUCGACGCGGGCAGCGAGGCCAUGGCCACGAGACUCAGCGAGCGCUACUACAUCCUGCGGCCCGAGGUGGUGGAGAGCUACAUGUACCUGUGGAGGCUCACCCACGACCCCAAAUACAGGCACUGGGGCUGGGAGGUGGUCAAGGCCCUGGAGAAGCACUGCAGAGUGGAGGCAGGGUUCUCUGGCAUCCGAGAUGUUUACACCACCACCCCCAGCCACGACAACAUGCAGCAGAGCUUCUUCCUCGCAGAGACUCUCAAGUACCUCUAUCUUCUGUUCUGUGAAGAUGACGUGCUGUCCCUGGAGGAUUGGGUGUUCAACACCGAGGCUCAYCCCCUGCCCAUCAACCACACGGACUUUAAAGCAGCAGUGCAGCCCUGAGCUCUGCCCAGCUCCUGCUCCCCCAGCCUGGGCACACUCUGCUUUUCCUUUCCAUUAAAGGAAUUCCUGCUGUUCCUGAAAUGGUAUUUUUGGGGCACUAGUCCAGUUCCGGACAGUAUUUUCUUGGGAAGAUGAACCAUGACUAAGCACCUUCUUUUCCUCUGUGAGGAGCUCUCUUAGGCUGAUGAUGARAUGUUUAUUCUGGGCCAUACUGUACACAGUUCAUAGACAUUCCUUUAUACAGAGAAUUUAUAUGAAAUCCACAGAUUUUGCUUUAUAGUGGCCAAAGGACUGGAAGUUUGCCAUAAAAUAGACUUUACACACACACAAACAGACAUCCUCCUUUCCUUUUUCUGUUUCAUUUCUGCCUUUUGUGUGCUGUUGAUUGAUCACCUCUCCAGUGAACAGUUUGCAGUGUUCUGUGCUUUCUGCUGCUGAGCUUUGGGGGYUCUUCAGGAGGGACAGGAGAACAGGGAAGGGGAGUUGUCCUCGGGCUGGAUGAGGAGCCAGGAGAGCUCAGGACUGAAGAGAGGGCAGGGAAAGGUGAUGUUUUAGUGGGAAAAUCAGAGGAUGGGACUCUCCCAUCUCAGGGUGGAAUUGGCAGUCCCUGCUCCUCAUGGGGAGCUCAAAUCAGCCUGAUUUCUGCUCACGGGGAACUCAAAUCAGCCUGAUUU